AUGACAUCCCCUGAUGCCAUCGAAAUAGCGUACACGCCAGUGCCCAGCGGGACCACAGGAGAUGAGUCUCUCGAAUCAAAGGCGCUUGUAGACAGCGUGGCACACGACGCGGCUGAACAGCAUGACCUGACGGUCCGGCAGGCCAUCAAAUGCUACCGCUGGGCCAUCUUCUGGUGCCUGGCGGUCAGCAUGACCGUCAUAAUGGAAGGCUACGAUGCCAACCUGCUCAACAAUUUCUGGGCAUACCCGACGUUCCAGAGAAAGUACGGCAACUGGGUCGGUGUCAGCGAGACCACGCGUUCCGGGUACCAGCUCACGCCGGCUUGGCAGGCCGCGCUGGGCAAUGGUGCCGGGAUAGGAUCUUUCUUUGGGGCGCUUGCGGAUGGAUAUCUGGUCCGUCGCUUCGGUCCAAGAAACACCAUCUUGGGUGCUCUCGUUGUCAUGAUCUUCUGCGUCUUUGGCGUCUUCUUUGCCCAGAACAUUGAGACUCUUCUCGCUGGACAGAUCUUGUGCGGCCUUCCCUGGGGAGUCUUUGCUAGCUCGUCCCCUGCAUAUGCGAGUGAACUCCUCCCCAUGAAACUCCGGGUCUACUUCACCAGCUGGACCAACAUUUGCUUCAUCAUCGGCCAGCUCCUUUCCGCUGGGGUCCUGAGAGCCUGUCUUGUGCGCGACGACGAGUGGGCCUACCGCAUCCCCUUUGCCCUGCAGUGGUUCUGGCCCCUGUGGCUCAUCCCGCUGCUCAGCUUCGCCCCGGAGUCCCCCUGGCACCUUGUCCGCAAGGGAAGGCAUGAGGAAGCCGAGCGCUCGCUGCGGCGCCUUCAAGAUGCCGACGCCCCGCUGUCGACCCAGGAGACGCUGGCGUACAUUGUCCACACCAACAACUUGGAGCAGAAGCUGCUGUCGGUCGGGACUGGAUACAGGGACUGUCUUCGUGGGGUUGAGCUCCGCCGGACCGAGAUCGCCUGCCUGAGCUUCGCGGGCCAGGUCCUGUGCGGGACGGCGCUGGCUUACAACGCUACCUACUUCUACGAGCAGAUCGGCUUCCCUGCGUCGCGCAUCUACAAUCUCAACCUCGGCGGCUACUUCCUCGCGCUUGCUGGCGCUUUCUGCUCGUGGUUCCUCCUGCUGCCCCAUUUCGGCCGCCGCACGAUAUUCCUCUGGGGCUCGGGGGUUAUGUGCCUCCUGCUGUACCUUAUCGCGGUUUUGACCUCGUGGAAAUCCCAGCGGGGCGUCGCCGAGACCCAGGCCUACCUGACCAUGGCGUGGAAGUUUGUCUAUCAGCUGUCGGCCGGCCAGCUGGGCUGGGCAAUCCCCGCCGAGGUGGGCAGCACGCGCGUGAGGCAGAAUACCGUGGUGCUGGCCAGGAACGCCUACUACCUCGUCCACAUUGUGGGCAACAUCCUGCAGCCCUACUUUAUGAACCCCACGGCGUGGAACGUCGGCGCAAGGACUGGCUUCCUCUGGGGCAGCACCGCCUUGCUGUUUUUCAUCUGGCUGUUUUGGAGACUUCCCGAGACCAAGGACAGAACCUAUGAGGAGCUGGACAUCUUGUUUGCCAAACGUACGCCCGCAAGAAAGUUUAGAUCGGCAAAAGUUGAUGUUUUCGGUCACGAGGCGCACGAGUUGAAGGCCUGUCACCCCCCAGAUUUAGAUACAAGACACUAG